AUGGCUACAGAUGAAGUUACAGGAGGGGCUCGCAAAGCUACGAAAAGCAAACUUUUUGAGUUUCUGGUCCAUGGGGUGCGCCCUGGGAUGCCAUCAGGAGCUCGAAUGCCCCAUCAGGGGGCUCCCAUGGGUCCUCCAGGCCCCCAGUACGUCGGAAGCCCCUCUGUGCGACCUGGGAUGUCCCAGACUGUGAUGGAAACAACAAGAAAACGCACUGCACCACAGCAGGUCCAACAGCAGCAGGUGCAGCAGCAAGUGCAACAGCAGCAGCAAGCCACUCAGAACCGAGCUAGGAGUGCCAAGAGGAGGAAGAUGGCUGACAAAAUUCUCCCUCAGAGGAUCCGGGAGCUGGUUCCUGAGUCCCAGGCCUACAUGGAUCUCUUGGCAUUUGAGCGCAAACUAGACCAAACCAUUAUGCGGAAGCGUGUGGAUAUUCAGGAAGCACUGAAGAGGCCAAUGAAGCAAAAGCGGAAACUGAGGCUUUACAUCUCCAACACAUUUAAUCCUGCAAAAUCAGAUGCUGAUGACUCAGAUGGCAGCAUUGCCUCGUGGGAGCUGCGCGUGGAGGGGAAGCUCCUGGAUGAUCUCAGCAAACAGAAACGGAAGUUUUCAUCUUUUUUUAAGAGUUUGGUUAUUGAACUGGACAAAGAUCUUUAUGGACCUGACAAUCAUCUUGUGGAGUGGCAUAGAACUCCUACGACCCAGGAAACAGAUGGCUUCCAGGUGAAGAGACCUGGGGAUGUCAGCGUGCGAUGCACAUUACUCCUCAUGUUGGACUAUCAGCCUCCCCAGUUUAAGCUGGACCCGCGGCUGGCCCGUCUGCUGGGGAUCCACACGCAGACACGCUCGGCCAUCAUCCAGGCUCUCUGGCAGUACAUCAAAACAAACAAGCUGCAAGACUCCCACGAUAAGGAAUACAUUAACUGCGACAAGUACUUCCAGCAGAUCUUUGACUGUCCACGACUAAAGUUUUCUGAAAUUCCUCAGAGACUCACUAACCUACUGCUGCCACCAGACCCAAUAGUGAUAAACCACAUCAUCAGUGUUGACCCCAAUGAUCAGAAGAAGACGGCCUGUUAUGACAUAGAUGUAGAAGUUGAAGACCCAUUAAAGGGCCAGAUGAGUAGUUUUCUUCUCUCAACAGCUAACCAACAGGAAAUAACAGCAUUGGAUAACAAGAUUCAUGAGACAAUUGAGUCCAUAAAUCAGCUGAAAAUACAACGUGAUUUUAUGCUGAGUUUCUCCAAGGAUCCCAAAGGAUACAUCCAAGACCUUCUCCGGUCCCAAAGUAGGGAUCUUAAGGUGAUGACUGAUGUGGUUGGAAACCCGGAGGAAGAACGCAGAGCAGAAUUUUAUCACGAGCCGUGGUCUCAAGAAGCUGUGAGCAGAUACUUCUACUGCAAGAUCCAGCAGCGCCGACAGGAAUUGGAACAAUCGUUGGGAGUGCGUAACACAUAAGUACUGCUCACAAGAUUCCAUUGGCAUCAUGACCAC